GCUUAUAGGAGGGAAAAUAAGCCAGGAGUUUGGAUCUACAGACCAUUAAAGGAGAUAAGAAAAGGAAGAGAGUUGCCUUCAAACCACAUCUUCUUGUAGGCUGUGAGGAGAGUUCUUCAGUAUUUAUGGCGUCGGCAGCUCCACCGAAGAGGAUGGUGUCCUCCGUCUUCAUCACGCUGGCAUCACCUCACAGAGCCACCGUGACGCCGCAGCAGCAGCCUGCUCUCCAGGCUCAAAGCAGCCCGCCCGAGACAAGCAGCACGCCGCGUCAGACUCGGCCCAAAGUUCAAAGCAAAGCGGGCAGCAGAGAUCGGACUCGUGCGGCCGCGCUGAGCCAAGCUUCAGGACCGACACUUGGCAAAUCUGUCCCUGGAAAAUCAUCACUGCAAAAAGAAGAAGACCAGAGAAGUCCUCCAGAGUUGUUUCCUCCUCCUCCUCCUCCUCCUGAUGCCCAGGUGUCAACACUGGGCCAUGACGUCUCUGCACUUUCACCACUUCAUCCUGCACAAACUCCUUUUUCUCAUCUUGCGACGCCAGACCAGCCGUCAGUUUACAACAAAGUGGUAGAAACAAGCACACCAUCUAGUGGGUUUAACCAGGAUGAACAAUCUCACGGGACGCACACAAGCAGCCAAGACAUGAGCCCAGAGAGCAAAGAUGUGUGUGGCUUCUGUCGGAAGCCUAUGGCUCUUCCUGAACUUGUGAUAGAGGCACUGAACAGGACAUACCACGAAGGCUGCUUCCAGUGUCGGUCCUGUCACAUCCCCCUGGCUGGUAAACAAUACUACAACAAGGCAGGGAUCCCUCUCUGUGAAGACUGCUACCAGGCCAUUCUGGAGCUCUGCUGGGCGUGUGGAGAGGUCAUCACAGAUCAUGUGAUCCGUGCACUUGAACGAGCGUACCAUCCUCUAUGUUUCACCUGUACGACAUGUAAAAAGCAGAUUGGAGAGCAGGCGUUUGCUCAAGGGGAAGUCGGAGAGGUUUACUGUCUUCAGGACUAUUACAGGAAAUAUGCUCCGCAGUGCAGCGCCUGUGACAGGUUAAUUAUUCCAAAAGAAGAUGGGACGGACAGUUAUACCGUUGAAUGUUUGGGACAAUCCUUCCAUGAGAACUGCUACAGAUGUGAGGUCUGUGGCAUCCAGCUUUCCACUGAACCCAACGAGCGAGGCUGCUAUCCUUUAGAUGGA